CAAGUCGUUUGUCCCUAAUACAUAGAAAAGAUGUCGAGUAAAAUUCCAAUCCCCUUGUAUUAACGUUUGAAGUCAAAUCACAUUUUCAUCAUAAUCAUUUUUAAAUAUUCUAACUAGUAACUACCCACAUCGAAUCCUGUAAAAACAAAACUAAAAUAAAGCAAUAAACAAAUGACAUAGUUCUUAUACCGAGUGGUCCUACUGAAAAUCUAAAGAUUGGAUAUAAAAAUAUAAAAGAGAUGUUAAAUGAAAUAGAAGAAAGACGAGAACAUAUUAAUGAUACUUAUUCAUCCGCCAAUCAAAACCUCGACACACAGAUUUUUACUACUUACCUACUCGAUAUCAAGUCAUAGGUACAAAGAUCACGCAAGAAAUUGACAAACACAGUGUCUUCUAUAACAGAAAAUUAUGAACUAAAUUGAAAUGCUACAAAAAUAUUUAUUUUGCAUAAUGAACUAAGUAAUAUCUACUUCCCUAUUGAUGUCCUUUACAAUAUCUAGCUAAGUGUGUCUAAUGUUUACAAUUAAGUUACGUAAGGCAUAGAUCCCUUAAACUUCUUCGGCAGCUUUAAAGGUCAUGUUUAGGGACAAACAUGAUUUACAAACAAUGGGCUGCAUCUGCGCGCGCAGCUCGACGGCGCGCCAUACGGCGGCAGGUUCAGUGAUAGAGAGGGUCGCGCUCGGACGACGCCGGCCGUCGGGACGCGCGCCGCCGCCUGCAUUCUCUAUUUAUAUCGACGGUCCCCCGCCUCUCUUCGCGCCUGCGCAAAACAUCUAAAAACGACGAAAGUGAAAAUUGCACAUCAUGAUCGGUGCACCGCACCGCUAAUACAGGACCAUUGCAGCAAAUACACCGCUAAUUAGCGAUUUGAGGACACGGAGCGAGCCGGCGUGCAGUGCGCCACGAGGAUGGCCGUGAGGCGCACGGCCACAGACCUCAUCAGCACUGCGGCACUUCUGCGUCACAUAUCAGCUGUUUCGCCGGCGAGGGGCUCGCACUUGUGACGUUUCUGGUGUGUCGCGUGCCGCAGGCCGCCGGCACGAUGGCGUCCACCAUGCAGCUAGAGUUCACGCAGGCGAUGACCGAUUUCAAGACGAUGUUCCCAGAUAUGGAUGACGAUGUUAUUGAAGCCGUACUACGCGCUAACCAAGGCGCUGUAGAUGCGACUAUUGACCAACUCUUAGCUAUGAGUACGGAUAACCAAAAUGAACGUUUGCGGCUCGAAAUGGAACGGGUGGAAAGCAGCACGCCGUCACGUCGCAAAGACCGUCGCUCGGGCUGCAGAGCUACUGACAAUGGCGAUGAUAACGAUACAACAGCCCUCGUGGACGUUGAUGACGAUUCAAUUCCCUUAGCUGUAAGAAGGAAAUGGGUGCCUAGAAUGCUGGGCCCUCUACCUCCCAUGUUUCUGCGAAUACCACCCGGUACAGACGCAAGAAUAGACCUGAGUUUAGAGAUGGAUGACGACAAAAUUGCCACCUUCCUGCAGAAUGAGGAGUUCAUGGCGGAACUGCGAUGGAACCAGGAGUUCAUGGCUGCGUUAGAUAGUGAGCAGGGACAGAAAACGAAGUGUCAUGACGAUGAGGCCGCAUUCAAAGAGAGGCUAAAGAACAUGGGCAAAUCAUCCCGCAAGAAGUUCGCCCAGCUCUCGAAGAUGUUUAGUCGUGGCGGGUCGCGGCGGUCGGGCAGUGCUCGAGCGCCACCUCGCGGCCCGCCAGACAGUCUGCUGCUUCAAGAGGAACAUAGUGACGAUGACGACCGCCCACAGCACCACGUCAAAAUAUAAUGGUAUACUCUGAACGUACAGGUUUAAACGAGAAGAGAGCCUUAUAGGAAGUUACAAGGUUACGGAUAAGACUGGGUCUGUUUUGUGUAGUAUAAGAAAGGAAUACGAUUGAUAUUUUUAUGUAUAAGAGCUAAACGGAAAGCCAACACUUGUUAAAGGUCUUUAGGCUAACAAUGAAUAUCCUGAUUUACCUAUAAGCAUCGACAUUAUACUUUGAAUGACAGAAAGAAUUGUCGCUUUUUGAAGAGUCCGGCCUGUAUCUAUGUUGUAAACUUAUAGUGAAUAUCGUGUUAAGUAAGAUGAUGUUGUUAAAUUGCAAUAACUCUGUAAAAAUUUUUGAGUACCUAAGUAGUUUAAGGCUUGACUGCAUCCGUCAUACUUGUAAAUAAACAGGUGGAUUUCGCUUGGGUAGAAGGGCCGUCUCACUAUCGUAUGCUAAAUAGUUGAGGACUUUAGAUUCCAUUUCCUCAGGUGUAGCUUUUGUUAGAUAAAUAUUAUACAGUAAGUAAGUAUCAUAUAGCAGAAUGCACGGAGGGCGCCUGUAUGGGCAUGAGACACGAAGUUCCGUACUCGGCUAUAGGUUAAAGACGGCCCUGGCCUUUGUCUGACAGGUUUAUAGAAAUUGUAUUCUAGCAUUUCUCCUAUUCUAAGAAGUAAAAUAUUUUCACAUGCAUCUUCCAUGGUUUCAUAAAAGUCAUGUAUGAAUAAUGAUAUAGACAUGGCCUUCAUAUACACGUAGUCACAUCUAGAAAACUGCAGUCAAUUUACAUAGAAAUGUUAAUCGAGUGGUCGACUCUUCGAUAACUUAAUUAUGCACAAACUGUCACAUCAGUGCGAGUGUGGAAGGACUUGAUAUUUUAUACUGGACAUGGAUACGUUUGCAAAGAAAGGCUGAUAAAAGAAACAAAUGUUUAAAUAAUUAUAAAGUAACCAUUUCAUAGCUAGGUAAUGUAAAUAACUGUUCCAAUAGACAAAUAGUCUGCUUUGUUCGAUACGAAUUUUAGUGCCGUUAGAGUUAGAUACUAAUUUUGUUAAGGUCAUCAUCGUUGAUCGAAAUCUGUAAGCUGAUGGGUAGUUAGAUAAUGCACUGGCUGUACUUUUAUCUGCACGAUUGACCAUGACAAUGAGGCUUUACUGAAGUCUCAAAUAUAAUAAAUAACGCCGUUUAUUCCGUCGAAGCGAGUUUGCAUUACUCGGGCUUACCAAGUGGAAUGUAAAAUGGAAUCGAAUAAAGCAAUAUUAAAUUAAGUUUGUUCUUUGGCUUUUGUAGUCGUGUUAUGUACCGUACUGAUGUCCAUAUAUGAGCAACCUUACUUUAUCUUGCCGAUGUAGGUAAGGUAUUCUUCACAGCUAAAAUUAAAAGCAAUAUCUUCCCAAAAUAAAGUAAUUCUGUCUAAUAUUUGUCAGAAAAAUUGUUGUUAAAAUGGCUAAAAGUUGUUAAAAAAAUUGUUGAAAUAUUUUGUUUGUAUUUAACUCACCUAGGUAAUAUUUACUAGCCUCGUUUAAAAAUAAUUCAUGCAAUAAUGCGCUACACCCUAGUAGUUUUAAAUAUAAAACACUACAGUUAAAAUAAUUACGUGGCUACUGAAAAAAAUGUCUGAAAUGUAUUUUUUUAAUACACAUUUUUAUGUUAAUUAAGUUUUGUAAAACGGUUUAAUGUUUUCUGAACCUACGUUUUGUAAGUAUGUAUUGUUCUAACUAGGUAUGUAUGAGUUGUCUGAAUACCAGAUCUGUUCGGAGAAAUUGCAACGGACAUCGUAAUAAAUACAAACUACAAAAUGCACUUUGUGUAGAGUACUAAAUAACUCUACAUUACCUAUGUAGAGCUUUAGUUUGUUGUACUAACAAGAACUAGGAAAGUGUUGCCCGUUUAUACAAUGCUUUAUACCUAAGUCCCCUUCUGACGUGAACGCUGUAAAUUAAUUUCUUAUGCUACUGAAAUAAAAGAUAUUAUUUAUAACACUA